AUGGCGGUUCAAAUCAAGAUGGCGCUGAUGUUCCUGCUGGCGGGCCGUGCGCUCUGCGGCCACGAUCAAGACAAUGCGGACAGCGAUAAUAUCGAAUCUCGAGAACUGUAUCGUCGUUCUUGGCAAUACGAGGGCAUUCCCUACGAGGUCGCGGUUGCUAGACGACGCAGGCAGGAGACGAAGGGAGAAGAAGUUUCUGACCAGUCCAAUGAGAGCAGUAAGAUCACCAGUAUCACCACCAGCGCGCCCGAAAUCCCCCAAAACAUCCACCACUACCUCCACAACCAUGACAACAGGAAUGCCAACAACAACAACGACCACAACAACAACAGAAGGCCCCGUGCUUCCGCCGCUGCACCGCGCUACCGUCGCAUCUACAACUCUGAUGAGACGGCCAGGAUUGAACAGCAUCCGUAUCUGGCAGCUGUUCUGAUGAAUAACCAGCUGUGGUGCGGCGGCGCCAUCAUCAGCUCGGACCUCGUGCUGACAGCCGCACAUUGCCUGCAACUCCAAUACAACAACCGCUUCUUCCGCGAAUACGUCAAGAUGCUCACCGUCCGUAUCGGCUCCAGCAACGCCACGGCCGGCGGCGAGGUCCUCCGAGUCGAUGAGAUCUUCUUCCACCCGAACUAUAAGCCAGACACGCUAGCCUUCAACUAUGCUGUUGUGAGACUGCAUAAGAAUAUCACGUUUUCGGCGCUGAAUGUGUCCAAGAUUGAGUAUUCGAAGAGAAAGGAUGUGACCAUUGACAAGACUAUAACCUUUUUGGGAUGGGGAUCUGUGCUGGGGAUGGGCGACAAAGGAGGAGCAGUGUUGCUCCAGAAGGUGGACCUUCCCGUCUACGACAAGGCCGACUGCAUCGACGUUUAUGGAAAGGAAUUGGUUUCAUUCAGCACCUUCUGCGCCGGCUUUAUCAGCAAGAUCAAGAAUGUUUGUAACCAUGAUGCCGGCGGCCCAGCCAUAAUGGACGGACAGCUGGUCGGCAUCCUCUCCUUCUCCGCCAAACGCUGCGACGAGGCGGACAAGCCAGCCGUCUUCGCUAGUACCGGCGCCGCUGCCGAGUGGCUGGAUAGCAUCCCGGUCAUUAGAAAAAAGAGCGAGGACCUAGCUCGCGGCUGGAUGAACGGCAUAGAAUGAAACAAUAAUAAACGUAAAUCAAUAUAUUUGCUCUAAUACUGUA